CGGUUCCUCUUAUGAUAUCAAGGGAUCCUCUCCUCUUCAAUCUCUGCAAUCUAAAACCUCUAUAAAUUGGUCCAUUCGUUCAAGAAACCAAGCAUCGAGUCUCCUACGAACUCAUAGCACUAAACAAUCUUAGAUUCCCAUCGAAUAUCAUGGGACACGGUGAAAAAGGCCGACCCGCCAAAAAGCACAAAUCAUCGGCGAAGGAAGGUCACAGGAAAAUUACCGAGGUCGAAGAUGCCUUUUUUGGCGAAGAAGUCGACGACGAUCGCGAUGGUGAGAGAGAAGGGAAGAAGAGAGAUUUUAGCAAAUUAGAGCUGAAGCCGGAUCAUGCUAAUAGGCCUUUGUGGGCUUGCGCCGAUGGCCGCAUUUUCCUCGAAACCUUCUCGACUUUGUAUAAACAAGCUUACGAUUUUCUUAUCGCUAUCGCCGAACCCGUUUGCCGGCCGGAGUCUAUGCACGAGUACAACCUGACCCCGCACUCGCUGUAUGCUGCGGUGUCCGUUGGUCUAGCAACGGAAACAAUUAUAGCUGUUUUGAGUAAACUAUCAAAGACCAAGCUGCCUAAGGAAAUGGUUGAUUUCAUACAUGCUUCCACGGCCAAUUAUGGCAAAGUAAAGCUCGUGCUUAAGAAGAAUCGGUACUUUGUCGAAUCCCCAUUUCCGGAGGUCUUGAAGAAGUUGCUCAAGGAUGAAGUUAUUUCCCGGGCAAGGAUUAAUUCUGAGGGCUCAAAUGGAAGUGAUGGAUUUACAAUUAGCAAAUCAAUUGGUGAAAUUGGAACUGUUCACCAGGAUUUACUUAAUGGAGCAGAAGUGGCGACUGCAGUGGAACAAAAAGAAACUCAUGCAUUUGAAAUUGACCCUUCUCAGGUUGAGAAUGUAAAGCAACGUUGCUUGCCAAAUGCUUUAAAUUACCCCAUGUUGGAGGAGUACGACUUCAGAAAUGAUACCGUUAACCCUGACCUCAACAUGGACCUGAAGCCUGAAGCACAACCACGGCCAUAUCAGGAAAAGAGCCUUACUAAAAUGUUUGGAAAUGGUAGAGCUAGAUCUGGAAUUAUUGUACUACCUUGUGGUGCUGGAAAGUCUCUAGUGGGUGUCUCUGCAGCCUGCCGAAUAAAAAAAAGCUGUCUUUGCUUAGCAACAAAUGCUGUUUCGGUGGAUCAAUGGGCUUUUCAGUUCAAACUGUGGUCAUCCAUCGGCGAUGAUCAAAUUUGUCGUUUCACAUCUGAUAGCAAAGAAAGAUUUCGUGGCAAUGCUGGAGUGGUUGUGACGACAUAUAACAUGGUUGCUUUUGGUGGUAAACGGUCUGAAGAAUCUGAAAAGAUUAUUGAAGAAAUAAGAAAUAGAGAAUGGGGAUUGCUUCUUAUGGAUGAGGUGCAUGUGGUUCCUGCUCACAUGUUUCGAAAGGUCAUCAGCCUCACUAAAUCCCACUGUAAACUUGGACUCACUGCCACACUUGUGAGAGAGGAUGAAAGGAUUACAGAUCUAAACUUCCUUAUUGGUCCCAAAUUGUAUGAAGCAAACUGGUUGGAUCUAGUGAAAGGUGGAUUUAUAGCAAAUGUACAGUGUGCUGAAGUAUGGUGUCCAAUGACAAAGGAGUUUUUUGCCGAAUAUUUGAAGAAAGAAAACUCCAAAAAAAAGCAGGCACUUUAUGUGAUGAACCCAAAUAAGUUUAGGGCAUGCGAGUUUCUCAUAAGGUUUCAUGAACAGCAACGUGGUGAUAAGAUAAUUGUCUUUGCUGACAAUCUUUUUGCACUCACGGAGUAUGCGAUGAAAUUACGCAAACCUAUGAUCUACGGUGCUACAAGCCAUGUUGAGAGGACAAAAAUUCUUGGAGCUUUCAAAACUAGCAAGGAAGUAAACACUAUUUUCCUGUCCAAGGUGGGUGAUAAUUCGAUAGAUAUUCCUGAGGCAAAUGUUAUAAUUCAGAUUUCUUCACAUGCUGGUUCAAGACGUCAAGAAGCCCAACGUCUGGGACGUAUUCUGAGGGCCAAGGGUAAACUUCAGGACAGGAUGGCAGGAGGUAAAGAGGAGUAUAAUGCAUUUUUCUAUUCCCUUGUGUCAACAGAUACACAGGAGAUGUACUACUCGAGUAAAAGGCAACAAUUUUUGAUUGAUCAAGGUUAUAGCUUUAAGGUAAUAACAAGCUUGCCUCCACCUGAUACUGGAGCUGAUUUAAGUUACCACAGUCUAGAUGAACAAUUGGCACUUCUCGGAAAGGUGUUGAGUGCGGGUGAUGAUGCAGUCGGUUUGGAGCAAUUAGAAGAAGAUGCAGAUGACAUAGCGCUUCAUAAGGGCCGACGAUUAAUGGGAUCCAUGAGUGCUAUGUCAGGUGCACAUGGGAUGGUUUAUAUGGAAUACAGUACGGGGCAAAAACAUGGUCGGCAAGGCCAGCUCAAGAGUAAACCCAAAGAUCCUGCGAAGCGACAUCAUCUGUUCAAGAAACGCUUUACUUAGAGGCAUACGGAUUUCUUCAUCCCAGUAAAAGCUAAGAGGAAAACAAGAAGCAGGAUGGUGGUUUCUUUUGUCCUUUUGCCUUACAAUAUAUAUAUAUAUAUAUGUAUAUAAUAUUAUAAUUAGUAGGCAUUACUUUGCCAGUUGAGAUUUUCCGGAGGAUCAAAUGCAUCGCUACAGAGAUCUGUAAAUAUAAUGGUGGUGUUGUUUAUGCAUUUUUGGUUUGUCAUGAACACAGCCAAGGACCAUUAUUUGUACAUUGAUAUGAAAUUCGGCCCUAGUCUGUUCUCUGUUUUUCUAGUAAUUUUUUAAGAGAGAUGCUAGGGCCGGUCGGGUGUGAUAUCCAUUUUUACACCAACAAAUGAGAUACUACCACGAGUAAGUUUUAGUAAAGUGAUUCAUGGGCUUCCAUGUACUUGAUCAA